AAUCAGGUAAGGGCACCAGUCGUGUCAAGAUGGCGGCCUUCUUGAAGGCAGUUUGAACUGCAGCCAAACUCGUUAGGAAUUCACCAGAAGAAAGCUGAAAACUUGGCUUUUUCUUGCCAGGGUCAUCUUAUUUGGAGCCCUAACCCCCUUGCAUUGGUUAUGUAGUUAAGAAUGAGGGGUGUGGUGUAUUUUUAAGGAGCCUUAUGAGUGUGGGGCCAGAAUAAAUCAAAAAAUCCUUCUGGUCACUCGAAAUAUCGACAAACCGGUGUGCAAUGGUUAUUCAACAGCUUGUGGACGAGCCUCCAUUAGUACAGGCCUGCUUUCAUGGAGAUGCUGCAGAAGUUCGAGCUUUGAUAAACCGAAAAGAAGAAGUGAAUUAUCAGGAUAUGGAAAGGCAAACAGCUUUGCAUGCAGCUGCACACUGUGGUGAAGGAGAAUGUUUAAAUGUGUUGCUUGCUAAUGGAGCUAGAGUGAAUACGAAAGAUAGCAAAUGGCUGACUCCUCUUCAUAGGGCUUGUGCUUCAGGGAAUACAGACUGUGUUAAGAUGCUAAUUAAACAUUCUGCGGAUGUUAAUGCAAGAGACAAGAGUUGGCAGACUCCAUUGCAUGUCGCAGCAGCUAACAACCAUGUUAAGUGUGCAGAGACAUUGAUACCUCAUCUUGCCAAUGUCAAUGUGACUGACAGAGCAGGAAGAACCAGUCUUCAUCAUGCUUCUUUUAAUGGACAUGUUGAGAUGUUACAACUUCUGAUAAGAAAAGGUGCCCAUGUUUCAGCAAUGGACAAGAGAGAUCGCAGACCAAUUCAUUGGGCUGCUUAUAUGGGUCGCAUAGAAUGCCUAGACAUUCUGCUUAAAUCAGAGUCAUCUAUUAACUGUGCUGACAAAAAGCAAUACACACCACUCCAUGCGUCAGCUGCAGGAGGCCAGCUAACAACAUUAAGAAAAUUACUGGAAGAUGGUGCUGAUGUUGAUGCACAAACCAUUCAUGGGAAUACACCACUCCACGUAGCAUGCUUAAAUGGACAAGAUAUAGUUAUUAGUGAAUUGAUUAGCUUUGGAGCAUCUAUUAAUGCUGCUAACUUCAAAGGAAUGACACCGCUGUAUUAUGCAGCAGCAUCAGGCCAGGGUGAUGUAUGCUUGGAACUUCUUCUUAACGAUGGUGCUAGCCCAAAUAUGCAGGAUAAAAAGGGUAGGACUCCUUUAGACUUUGCUGCUCUAUAUGGCAGAUGUUCUAGGGCCCAAACACUUCUUCAACAUGGAGCAUAUGUAGAUGCUGCAGAUUGCCAUGGCAACACACCUCUUCAUAUUGCCGCUCAGUAUGGUCAGGAACUCCUUCUUAGUGUGUUACUGGCCAGUGGAGCUGAUCCAUCAAAGCAAGGUGCUUAUGGUAUGCAGCCAGUACAUUUAGCUAGUCUUGGUGGACACACAGACUGUUGUAAAAAACUCCUUUUUUAUGGUGUUGACAUUAAUAGUAAAGAUGUGAAUGAUAGGACAAGUUUACAUUGUGCUGCAUGCAGUGGGAAUCCAGAAUGUCUAGAACUUCUAAUAAAUCAUGGUGCUGACUUUAAUGCUGUAGAUAAACUAGGAAGGACUGCACUUCACUAUGCUUCUGGACAUACCAAUUAUCCAUGUGUAGUAACUUUAAUUGGAUGUGGGUCUGCUGUUAACAAGUCUGAUACUAGAGGAUGCUCAGCUUUACAUUAUGCUGCCGCAAAUGACUUAGAUGCAAAAUGUGUAGAACACUUACUUAGGAAUAGAGCCAAUGCCAACAAGAAAGACAAACAGGGAUACAAUGCAGUACACUAUGCAGCAAUUAAUGGACAUAAGUUAGCUAUAGAAAUGUUACUAGACACAGCCUCUUUGGAUUUACUAAACCAAAGCUCAAGUUCACCAUUGGUUACUCCUUUUCAUCUAGCAGCUUACCAUGGGUACUCCCAGGCACUUUUAGUAUUAUUGAAAUCCUCUAGUAAUAUAAAAAUGAAUGUAGAAUCAAGAGACCCAAAAGGUCGCACACCACUUGACUUAGCUUCUUUUCAAGGUCAUGUGAAUUGUGUAGAAAAUCUUUUAGAUAGUAACGCAAAGGUGCUUGUGCAUGAUUGUGUGACCAAAAGAACACCUCUACAUGCUGCAGCUUACAAUGGUCAUACUGAUUGUGUUAGACUACUAAUACAAAACCUUGAAAAUGACAGUGACAUAGACGCUGUAGAUGAACAAGGGAGGACACCUCUCAUGCAAGCUGUUAGUAAUGGAUUUUCAGACUGUGCUGCUUUGCUGCUUAGUGAAGGAGCAGAUGUCCUAGCUGUUGAUGUUAAUCACCGCAGUGCACUCCAUAGAGCAGCUGCAAAUGGUCAUGAUGAAUGUGUAGAAGCUCUACUCCACAAGGAGGCAGAUGUCCUUUGCAGGGACUGUAAUGGACGUACCCCUCUACACUUUGCUGCUGCUUGUGGCCAUGUUGGUAUUCUUGGUUGUUUCUUACAAGUUACUGGUAGUGGUACGGUACUCGAUGAUCAAGGAUACUUGCCAUUACAUUGGGCUUGUUACAAUGAGCAUGAUACUUGUGUUGACAUCCUCCUUGAGAGUGAAAAAUCUGAAGCAUUUGAAGGCAACUCAUUCUCACCCCUACAUUGUGCAGUAAUCAAUGAUAACGAAUCUUGUGCAGAACUGCUUUUAGACACUUUAGGAGAUGAAAUUGUGAAUGCAGCUGAUUCCAAGAAAAGAACACCACUACACGCUGCUGCAUUUAAUGACCAGGUAGAAUGCUUACAGUUAUUAAUAUCGAGAGGAGGUGAUGUUGAUGCCGUGGAUUGUAUGGGUAAAACACCUGUGAUGAUAGCUGCAGAGAAUGGACAUGCAGGAGCUGUAGAAUUAUUGGUAGGAGAAGGAGCCGCAGAUACAACGUUAAUAGACCGAGAUAAAAACACAGCACUUCAUCUAGCUUGUAUACAGGGUCAUACAUCCUGCGCUAUGUCAAUACUUGAUAAGAGUCCAGAUACGACAAUUAAUAUGGCAAAUAAUACAUUCAAAACACCUCUCCACCUCGCAGCUAGCAACGGCAUGGUCCCAGUUGUCCAGGAACUGUUAUCACGUGGUUCGAGCGUGUUUGCAGAGGACGAAGACGGCCAUACCCCUGCUCUAUCAUGCGCUCCUAACCACCAAGUAGCUGAUUGUCUCUCUCUUAUUCUCGCUACUAUGAUGCCACGUGAGCCGUCUUCACUUAACUCAACUCGUCAAGACAGUCUGGAUGGAAAUAGCAUGGAAAUAACUCAGAAUUUUAAACCUGUGCAUAACUCCACAGCUUAGCAAUUAAAAGAAUUUUUAAUGUGAAAUCCAAAUGGAAGUAGAAGAUACACGCGUACGUAUUUUCACGUUUAUAUACCUUCGUCUUUGAAAACAUAAUUAGCUUCGUAAGACGAGGGGUACUUGCCAUUUAAACCAAUUCAACCGAUUUAUUGGAAAUUCGUUCCCUAAUGGUAAAAAAAGGGCGGGAAACUUUUACUUCCGACAAAUGGUACACGCGUCUACCGGAAGAACCGAAAAGAGCGGGAAAAUUGGAUUGCGUCAAUCGGAAAUCCGAGUUUUCCGGAACUUUCCGAACUAAAUGACACAUCAUUUCCUUUCCAUUCGGAAUUUUCGGUUUUUCCGAGUAAACGGCUGUAAGCACUCAAGGCAACGAUGUCAGUCUUACGACUUAAUUUAUAAAGAAAGCACAAUUGAUAUUCAAAGCAAGAUAAUUUUUAACCAAAAUUUGAAAUUUAUUCGAUAUUUUCUUGUUUUUGGGUCGAUAGAGGUGGGAGAUCCACGGGGAGGUAGGGGAGGGGUACAUAUAAAUGGCCACGGUGUGUGCGCCUUUAGAGCGGUUUUCUUAUGAGUGGGAAGCGAUACGGCAAAUUAUUAUUCGUACUGUAUCUGAACCAUAUCUUAACGGGACCGUAACUUCAAGUUUUGACUGGAAAAAAUCCUGGAAGACAAUGGGAAGCCAUUUGAAUGUUUAGUUGGGAGAGCCUACGAGCAAACAGUUGAUUUAAUGUGUUCGUAAAACACAACCAAUCACGCCUAAUACAACAAAUAGAACGACAAUAGACAUCAAUUGAGUGCUGUGUAGGUUCUCCCAUGUUUGGUUACGGCAUGUCGUACCGUGUUUGUGCUUUAACCAUACGUUUCCCACUUGUACAAAAACGCUCUAUUCGUCAUUUUGUAAUUUAAUAAGUACCUCUCCUCUUUUCACGCCCUCUUUUUGAUAGAAUAAUCCUUAACUCACUUUGCUCUGUUGGACAGAACUCACUUUUGGGUUGAAAACGAAUAAGCGGGGGUUCGUUAAUUUUUUUAAUGCAAAUACUUUGAGUCACUAUAACUCUAUCAUUAUCACAAAGGUUUGGAACACAAUUUUAUGUAGAGAUAAACAUUUAGGUCUAUCACCAGUUUGAUAUUUUAGGUUAAAGAAUUCUAUUGUAAUAUAUACUUCUUGCAGUCUUGAUCACGAUCAAUUAUUCCUACUGCUGUAGAAAAUCAUAAGACAUAGUCUAGCUUGGGCGUAAUGUUUUCUAUUUAAAACAAGGUGCCAUUCUCUUGAGUAUCAUUUCUUUGUUUGACGGUUGUUACUCAAACAAACAAGCCAAAUUCUCUGGAGACUUUGAACUCUAACGAAGAAUCUUUUUCUAAAGAGAAUGACACGUGGUCUGAAUGGAAAACUAUUUUGUCCUAGCUAGAGGUCAACUCAAAAUGCUUUUAAAGAACCAUUCAACAUACAUAAUAAAUGAAUGUACCACCUUUUGUCACGCGUGGGAACGUCCAAAACUUUUUAUCCUUUCUACGGGCGCAUAAUACGUGCUUUCGUACUCGCUUUCUUUAGAAAAAAUAUUAUCUCUAUUUUUAACCGUGAAACAGGUAGUGUAUUAAAUUAAAAACGCGCGCGCGUACUGUGUGCAGUCAUAAAGCACGCGGGGGUUGGGAAGCACUAUGCGUAACGGAGUGCUUCUGGACACUUAACGAGUGUACUGCCAAUGACGAAGUUUUUUAUAACGCAACAAACGAGUCGUUUUAUUUCUUUUAUAAAAUACAAAUUACAA